AUGCCUGAUCAGUACGAGGUCUUUUCAUUAGUUGAAUUUUGUUCAUCAAGACAACUAAUCCCAAGUAAUCUAACUGCGUACGUUGUCAACGCUCAUACAUUGAGUUUAACCUGGGAUUUACCAUCGAAUGUCAAUGCCAUCGAUCGAGUUUACAUUGUUGCGACAGAAUUGGGACCGAAAAAUCGCACGAUUCAAAGUCAAUCAUUCGACAAUUCAAUCAAAAAGUUGGAUUUUCAAAUCAAUCCCAAUGAUCCUCAUAGUAUUCAUCCCAAUCAAACCGUGCUGUUUUCGGCGUUGUGUUCCGAUCGUAAUGGACAGAAUUCGUCGAAAAUUGAAUAUCAAUUUUAUGUCAAUAUAAUUAACAGCGAUAAUAAUACCAAGCCAAGUAUUAUUUUAAUGCCUCACUUCAUGUUUCAACACAUUCUUCUUCUCAUAUUUCUUUUCUUCUUCAUAAAUCCUCAUCCGACGUUGAAUACUACUUUACGUCCAAAUAUUUAUUAUGCGCAAGUACCUCGUUCAUCACCUUAUCCCGCGCCACGUGACGUUCGUGUCGUCCGUAUCAAUGAUACCACAGUUCAAGUUUUCUGGUCGCCUGUUUAUCAUCCAACAGUAGCACGGUAUAUAAUUCAUUACAAUGAUAAAGCUGAUCAUAAAGCUGAAAAUAAAUGGUCAUUAUAUUCACCGUCGAAUCCCGGUUCGACGUCAGCUAUUAUCAGUGGGUUGAAGCCUGAUGCUAUGUAUAACGUUCGUGUUAGCGCCGAAUUUUCAUCCGCAAAUAUUCACGAUCCACAUUAUGUACCAGGCACAAGCUCACGGGAAGGUGAAUUGUCGGAAAUUCAGGUUGCUGAUAUCUAUCGUCGUUCCAAAGAUAUUAUUCAUUACGACGACCAUUUAAGUCGUCCAUACAAUCUAACUUACGUUGACCUGACAUCUAAUAGUGUGAAAUUAUUGUUCUUUUUCAAUGAAACAAAUCCUGAUCAUCGCCGACAUAUACAAAAACUUGAGGUACAUUACGAAGGAAUUCAAAAUUAUGUCGAUGGCUUGGGAACAACACGUAGUACAUCACAUCAUAACUUAGCUGGUCUGAUAUCAAUACCUGCAACUCAAGGUUCGCGUGAAUGGCUAGUAACAGGCUUAGUACCAAAUACUCAAUAUACAUUCAAUCUCACUGGUACUAUCUCAUCAUCUGAACAAUCAUCCAUUAAAAUCUAUAGUCGACCGGCAACGAUACGUUUGUCUACUGAUUACGAUGCACCUCCAUAUGUUGAUCGACCUGAACAAGACCGACGAAUUCUUUUGCAAACAUCAGGCAGACCAACGCAGGCAUCAAAAGUUAAUUUACGUCUCCAUCGUGCAUCAACAAAGAAUGGACCCAUCGAUCGAUACUAUGUUGUUGUUCAUCUGAUCGAGCAUAUAUCUUAUCAACAAUAUGUUCCGCAAGAGGGUCGGAAAGAAUGUUGUUAUACAGCGGCGGUAUUUAAUGAAUCUCAGUUACCGGAUGUAUUUGUAUUAGGCGAUGGUAAAGAAACACGUGAUUGGGACCCAUUUCAUCAUCGAGUCUAUAAUAAUUCUCCAUUAUCGAGCGUAUGUAAAGUCAAAUUAGUUUCCUGGGGUUUUAACCGUAAAAAGGAAAAUUUAACAACAUCAAGUGCAACGAUUGACGUGAAUCUAUUACCAAAAAUUGUUCAACCACAAAAUCAAGAUACAUUCAAUAGCCUUCUUUGGAUAUUUGGCAUUAUAGUUUUGAUUUUCUUAAUCCUUCUGAUUGUUAUCAUCUUCAUAUUGAAAUAUAAUCGAACAAAAAAGAAACCAUUAACACCGCCACCCGAAUGUGUGCCAUUCGAUUUAACACCUAAAGUUCUAACAAUGGAAAUGCAAAUGCCAAUGAUACCAACGACUAUUUCACCAGCAUCAUCGAAUGAACCUGUAGAAUUUCGGCGAACCCAACCAUCCAAUACAUAUCAUACGAUUACUAAAGAAGUUCCCGUCAAUACUCAUCCUCCGAUACAUAUCGAUGAAUUCGGUGAACAUCUCGAGCGAUUGAAAGCUGCUGAUAAUUACAAAUUCUCUCAAGAAUACGAAUCGAUCGAUCCUGGUCAACAAUUUUCAUGGGAAAAUUCUAAAUUCGAGUACAACAAACCGAAAAAUCGCUAUGCGAAUGUGAUCGCUUAUGAUCAUUCUCGUGUAAUUCUCCAUGCUAUCGAUGGUAUUGCAGGCAGUGAUUAUAUCAAUGCUAAUUAUCUCGACGGAUAUCGAAAACAAAAUGCAUAUAUCGCAACACAAGGGCCCUUGCCGAACACAUUUGCCGACUUCUGGCGAAUGAUCUGGGAAACGAAUUCAGCAUGUAUUGUAAUGAUGACAAAAUUGGAAGAAAGAAAUCGAUUGAAAUGUGAUCAAUAUUGGCCAUCGAGAGGAACGGAAGUCUAUGGAUCAAUUCAAGUUACUUUAACGGAUUUUAUUGAACUAUCAUCGUAUAGUAUUCGAACAUUUACAAUUGCUUGGACUGGCCAUCCAGAAAAACGAGAAGUGCGACAUUGUCAAUUCACAGCUUGGCCAGAUCAUGGAAUAUUAGAACAUGCGACAUCGUUUCUAAUGUUUGUUCGACGUGUUAAAGUUCUUAAUCCAGUUGAUGCUGGACCGAUAGUUGUACAUUGCUCGGCUGGAGUCGGUCGAACUGGCUGUUUUAUUGUAGUGGAUGCUCUACUAGAACGAUUAAAAUUGGAAAAAACCAUCGAUAUCUACGGACAUGUCACUCUUUUGAGAGCUCAACGAAAUUAUAUUGUUCAAACCGAAGAACAAUAUAUAUUUAUCUAUGAAGCCAUUAAUGAAGCUAUCCAGUCAGGUCAAACAGAAGUCCCAGCAAGAAAUUUGUUGACACAUCUACAACGAUUACUACAGCCAAUAAAUGAUAGUUCAUUGACAGACAUGGAACUUGAAUUUAAACGUUUGGCAAAUGUGAAAGCGCAACCAUCGAAGUUCUUGAGUGCGAAUAAUCCAGCGAAUAAAUUCAAAAAUCGUCUUGUGAAUAUCCUUCCUUAUGAAAAUACUCGAGUAUGUCUAUCUCCAGUGCGCGGCGUCGAAGGCUCAGAUUAUAUCAAUGCGUCUUACAUCGAUGGCUAUCGAUUUAAAAAUGGUUAUAUUGCAACUCAAGGACCAUUGACGGAAACGGUUGAUGACUUCUGGCGGAUGGUUUGGGAACAUAACGUCACUAUUAUUGUGAUGUUAACUAAACUAAAAGAAAUGGGCAGAGAGAAAUGUACUCAGUACUGGCCAACAGAUCGAUCGGCACGAUAUGGAUACUUUGUUGUCGAUCCAGUUGGUGCUUACAACAUGCCACAAUAUCUAUUGAGUGAAUUCAAAGUGACUGACUCUCGAGAUGGACAAUCUCGAACAGUUCGUCACUUCUUGUACACUGAAUGGCCUGAACAAGGUGUACCCAAAGUCGGCGAAGGUUUUAUUGAUUUUAUCGGACAAGUGCAUAAGACCAAAGAAGGUUUCGGUCAAGAAGGUCCGAUUGUUGUUCACUGUUCAGCUGGUGCCGGACGAACAGGUGUAUUUCUCACAUUAAGUGUUGUUCUGGAACGAAUUCGAUACGAAGGUGUUGUUGAUGUUUUUCAAACGGUGAAACUCUUGCGUACACAACGACCUGCACUUGUUCAAACUGAGGAUCAAUAUCAAUUUUGCUACCGUUCCGCAUUGGAAUAUUUGGGUUCAUUUGAUAAUUUCGUCUCAUCUUGA